AUGGCGCCGCUUGCCAUUACCAUAGCAACCGGAAAGCAUGGUCACAACAAACCGGUGUCGAGAGAAGAUACGCCCCAAGUUCGUCCCAAACAUGACAUCGGGGUAGAUCCUCGGCCAUUUCCAACCUCCACCGAUGGUAAAACGGAACCGAAGGAACGGAAAGAAAUUGCUACUCAAACGGUCAGUGCACCACGGAGCAAGAAGUUUGCAACCUACGAUGACUCCAAGCUGGUCUCCUUCAUCCGCAAGGUACAGCCAAUCGUGGAGGAGGAACUGUCCCACGGUAUGACCCCGAUGUUUGAUUGCAAUGAUAAUUUGUACGAUGCUUCCGAGCGCUAUCGAGUGUGUUGCCAUCAGGAGCUGAGGCUUCGUAACCUAAAUCCAGACCACGCGGUCGAGCAACCGUUCUACGUCGGUGCUGCCGCAUGGCUGUCCAUACUGACGCGAGACGCUCCGCUAUUGGUGGUCGCCGGCAGCCCAAACCACGCAGCAUGGUGCGACCAUGUCAGCUCGACCGUUACCGUGUUCUGCCCGAAGCGGGACCGCUACGGUGCCUCCGUACAGUGGGUAGAGCUGAGCAGCAGUCCGGUGAAAGCGUGCAUCGAGUCGCUCGAAACGAACCCUUUCAAUCGGGACAUGUUUGCGGGUGGGACCGAGUCCGGGGACGUGUACAUCUGGCACUACGAGCUGAACCUGAAGGUGGAGCGGAACUCCUUCGCCGAGCUACACUCGGAAACGACCGACUGCGGUAAGGUGGUGGAUAUGGCAUGGGCACGCUACAACGUGAUGUCCAAAUCGGACUACGCGCUGCUUACGGCCCACACAGACGGUACCGUGAUACUGUGGCGCGUUGGGAAAACGAUCGUGAAGGAUAAAAUAUUCAAACUCAGUGUGCCGUCCGCUAACGGGCGGGCACUCAUUUUGACGCAGAUACUGACCACCUCCAACACGGAGUUCGUGGUGGGAUGUGAUGAUGGAUCGUUGCUGCUCUGCUCUACCACGCAGUUAAUUCCGCUGGGUGGUACAGCCACUUCCGCCGAGCGCACUGUGGUCAAUUCCUCACCUGCUGCUACGGGCACUUCGGCUGGCAAGGGAAACUUCUUCUCGCCGGGCACGAUUGAGCUGAAGUGUCACUCGUUUAGCGUAACUAGUUUGCAGAAGAUUGAAAACCGUCGCCAGGAGCUGCUCAUUAGCUGCGAUCUGACCGGCGAGGUGUUGUUCCAUGACAUUACAGAUAGUAUCAACUCCACUCCAACACUCAUCAUAAAAAUGCCACUCCCCUUCAAAACGCGCAUUGUCUGCACGAAUGAUACGGAGUACAUCUUUUCUCCAACCGGAAACGGGCUGCUAGAGCUGUACCGUAUCGGCAGUGGCAAGGUGGACACGGUGGAACCAUCCGUACCGUUGAAAGGCUCCCCAAAUCUUAUCAAAAUGUCCGCCAAUGGAAAAUGGCUGAUCACCGGGACUUAUGGUGGAACAUUCAUUAUCUACUCGGUAGCGAUGGAAUUCUGAAGGUGCACCCCUUCAGUGAUAAGAGACGGUUUACUGCAACGCAUUCCUUGCUCCCCCUGUCCUGAAGUACGUAAUUUUAGAAAUAUGGCUUUGAAACGAAAAAUAUAAGCAAAACGGUCCUUUUAUCAAUAACAAUAAAAAAGCUCAAU